AUGCUCUGCUCCAAGUCAUCCAAAUGGCUAAACCGCCUUUGUUCAUCCAGAGGAUUUCCAAACUCCGAUAACAUCAACAUCGAGCACUUCCUCUCCAUUUCCCUCGACAAAAUUGAUCCCCAAACGUCGACGGAUCCUUCGCUUCCCGAUAAAAGACCCAAACUUGACAAACGGGAUGAUAGUGGAGCUAUCCAAGGUCGUGAAGUGAUAAAUAAUGUACUAUCGGAGCUGUUUCAGAUGGGAGAAUUUCAGGAUUUAUCGAGAAUUAAAAGGAAAAAGAGCUGUAGGAAGCAACAGUGCCCUAGAAUCUGUAUUGUUUCUACAAAUUCGAAUGUUCAGAACGUGCCUGUUGGAAAGGACAGGGUUUCCUCGCCACCGCCGUCGUCGUCGCCAUUUCCGUUGACUUUGAGCAAUCGACGUACAGCAAAGGAAGUCAAUCGAGAGUUGAAGGUGACUGGACAUGUUGAGGAGGAGGAGAAAGGCCAUUGGGAUCUAACCGCGUAUUCGCAAACAGAGGUUACUGUUAUCGAUACGAGUGUUCCAUCUUGGAAAUUCGAGAAGAUGUUGUACAGGAGAAAGAAUGUAUGGAAGGUUGGGGAUAAGAAAGGUAAGGGAUUAAUGACCAGUGACAGAAAGAAGAGAAAGGAGCGUCUGAAUGAGAAUGGUGAUGUAGAGAAGAAGAAAUUGAAGCUGUGUAGUUCAUUAUCCAAGUCGGGAAAUGCAGAACAAGGCGGAGAGAAUAAAAAGAAAAAGAAGAAGAAGAAAAAGAAGUUGAAGAUGUGCAAUUCAUCGAAGUAUGAAGAUAAAGAAGAAUCCAUGGCUCGAUCAAAGUCCCCUCAGGAGAAGAUUGAAGAUUUGAAGAAUCAUAGAAUUGAUAAUUUGAAGAAUUGGGAUUUGAAUUUAGGGUUUGAGAGUCAAUGUUGGGAAGAAGUAGCUAAGCUGGAUUCAUCGGUUAUAACCCGUUGA